AGGAUACUGUAAUUCCUAGAUAUCACUAAGGAGCCAGUGAAACUUGCGAGGUUCUAUAACACGGGAAAGCCUGCUGGGCGGUGGCCACCAUGAUCCCCUGGGUGCUCUUGGCCUGUGCCUUUCCCUGUGCUGCUGACCCACUGCUCGGUGCCUUCGCACGCAGGGACUUCCAGAAGGGCUCCCCUCAGCUUGUCUGCAGCCUGCCGGGCCCUCAGGGUCCACCUGGCCCCCCAGGAGCCCCAGGGCCCUCAGGAAUGGUGGGAAGAAUGGGCUUUCCUGGCAAAGACGGCCAGGAUGGCCAGGACGGGGACCGGGGGGACAGCGGAGAGGAAGGUCCACCUGGCCGGACAGGUAACCGGGGAAAGCCAGGACCAAAGGGCAAAGCCGGGGCCAUUGGGCGGGCUGGCCCUCGCGGCCCCAAGGGGGUCAGUGGUGCCCCCGGGAAGCAUGGCACACCAGGCAAGAAGGGGCCCAAGGGCAAGAAGGGGGAGCCGGGCCUCCCAGGCCCCUGCAGCUGCGGCAGUGGCCGUGCCAAGUCGGCCUUCUCGGUGGCAGUGACCAAGAGCUACCCACGGGAGCGGCUGCCCAUCAAGUUUGACAAGAUUCUGAUGAACGAGGGUGGCCACUACAAUGCAUCCAGCGGCAAGUUCGUCUGCGGCGUGCCAGGGAUCUACUACUUCACCUAUGACAUCACGCUGGCCAAUAAGCACCUGGCCAUCGGCCUGGUACACAACGGCCAAUACCGCAUCCGGACCUUUGACGCCAACACCGGCAACCACGACGUGGCCUCGGGCUCCACCAUCCUUGCUCUCAAGCAGGGUGAUGAGGUCUGGCUGCAAAUCUUCUACUCAGAGCAGAAUGGACUCUUCUACGACCCGUACUGGACCGACAGCCUCUUCACAGGCUUCCUCAUCUACGCUGACCAGGACAACCCCAAUGAGGUGUAGACGGGCAGUGCUGGGCCUCCUGGCAGGGGACAGCAUCAGGACUUGUGCUGACCGAGCAAAACCCCCAAACUGGGGGCUGGGGGCUGGGAGGCACGGGGGCUUCUAGCCUCAGGCUGACCUCUACUUCUUUUGCCUUCAUCAUUAAAUCCAAGCCUUUUUAU